ACUAACUUCAGUUGGUCUGGCACUUCUCACACCGUUUGAAGUGUUGAGAUACCCACUGCUGAAGGAGCAAUUGGUAAUUUUUUCACUACUUUACGAGCCUUACAUCCCUCAUCUCUGUUAACAUAGGCCCAAACAAACUCCCUCCUUAUUUUGGAGGAAAUAAGGGGCUUUAGACUGUACAGGCCCACAGCUGGUUUUAAUACCCUGUCCAGUAAAUGACGGGAGCCUGUUCCCAAUCAAUGAGACACGUUAUUUAUUAACUGACUUCUUCAUAAUUGUCCCCAGACUGGGCCCGACCACUUUCGGGCAGACCUGAGCGCCGAGGCACCUCGAGGGUGGCUCUCAGUUCGACAAGCCCCACUCCUACUCCUCAUGGCCCGGGAGCGGGAAAGGCGAGGGAACAGCCCCACUGCCUCGACGCGGCUGAGGGGAGAAGGCGGAGUCUCCCCUCAUCCCGCUUCAGGCCCUCACGGCUGCAGCCCUCCCGUGGAGCCGCGGCUGGGGGCGCGGGCAGGCUUUCCCCUAGCUGGGGCGGCCGCUGCCCGCCCUUUUUGCCCGCUGACAGCUGCUGUCGUUCGGCGCCCGCCGAUACUGGAGAGAGCGCGGGCGCCCGUGCCCGAGGGCCGCCGUACUCUCCCCUUCUUCCCUCGCCGCUGCCGCGCGUGUGCCGUGCCUAGCCGAGCCGGCGGCUGCGGCGGCAGGCGGGGAAGCGCUCCUCACCGCUCCGCCUCCGAUCGCCGCCCGCUGCGGGGAUGUGUGAUUGCCAUGGCGAGGCGGCUCUUCCCGGGGGCCUGGCUCAGGAAACCCCACUACGCGCAGGUACGUCUCUCAUAUAUGCGGAUGAAGUAUCUCUUUAUCUCUUGGUUAGUAGUAUUUGUUGGCAGCUGGGUUACAUAUGUUCAGUACUCCACCUACACAGAACUAUGCAGAGGACAUGACUGUAGGAAAAUAAUAUGUGAUAAAUACAAGACUGGAGUUAUUGAUGGGUCAGCAUGUAGUAGUCUUUGUGCUAAAGAAACACUGUAUUUUGGAAAAUGUUUGUCAACAAAGCCCAAUAACCAGAUGUAUUUAGGAAUCUGGGGAAGUCUGCAAGGUGUUAUAAAAUGCCAGAUGGAAGAAGCAGCUCAGCUUGAUCUUGGUACUGACCCAGAACCAAGGAAGGAAAUAGUCCUAUUUGAUAAACCAACAAGAGGAACCACUGUUGAGAAAUUCAAAGAAAUGGUAUAUAGUCUUUUUAAGGCCAAAUUAGGUGAACAAGGAAAUCUUUCAGAACUGGUUAAUCUCAUCCUCUCUUUUGCUGAUGGAAACAAGGAUGGUAGAGUUUCUUUGCCCGAGGCAAAAUCUGCAUGGGCACUGCUCCAGCUAGAUGAGUUUCUGUUAAUGGUGAUCUUGCAGGAUAAAGAACAUACUCCCAAGUUGAUGGGGUUUUGUGGGAAUCUCUAUGUGACCGAAAGAGUUGAAUAUACCUCUCUCUAUGGAAUCAGCCUUCCGUGGAUUAUAGAACUUUUCAUUCCCUCUGGCUUCAGAAGAAGCAUGGACCAGUGGUUUACUCCAUCAUGGCCAAGAAAAGCAAAAAUAGCCAUAGGGCUUUUAGAAUUUGUGGAAGAUAUUUUUCAUGGACCUUAUGGAAACUUUCUUAUGUGCGAUACAAGUGCCAAAAACUUGGGAUAUAAUGAUAAAUACGAUUUGAAAAUGAUAGACAUGAGAAAAAUUGUGCCAGAAAUGAACCUGAAGGAAAUAAUUAAAGAUCGCCAGUGUGAAUCAGAUUUGGACUGUAUUUAUGGUACAGACUGUAGAACUCUAUGCGACCAAAGCAAAAUGAGAUGUACCACAGAAGUAAUUCAGCCAAACUUGGCAAAAGCCUGUCAGCUACUUAAAGACUAUCUGCUUCGUGGUGCUCCUUCUGAUAUCCAUGAAGAACUAGAAAAACAACUGUACUUGUGUAUUGCCCUGAAAGUCACAGCAAAUCAGAUGGAGAUGGAGCAUUCCUUAAUACUCAAUAACUUGAAAACUUUACUGUGGAAGAAAAUUUCCCAUACAAAUGAUUCUUAGCUUCUCCACCAGCAGAAGACAAUUGAUGCCUGCCACUAGAGUGGCCCACCCUGUUUGGUAAAAACUAACUCAGCAUUUUUUAAAGAUGGUUCUUUACUCAGAUUUAAUUAAAGAUUCUAACUCUUGCCCUUGAGUCAGUACCUUGUGACAGGGCUUCUCAAAGAAGGAACAUGCCACUGAAUGAUCUGGUGUUCUAGUGCCGUGUUACAGAAACAAAACCCCUGCAUGCUUGACUGUUCUGUGCACUUUGUCAGAUCUUGAACAGGCUGGAAGUAUUCUCUAUGCCACCACAUCAACUGAUGGAACAUCUUAGGAUCCUGUGAAAACCAUUGCUCGCUUGUGAAAUACCCGCGAAAGAAACAUCAUUAUCCCAAGUAGUUUGAUGAAGAACCACCACUACCGCAAAUUACGUGUCUUGAGUCCAAGCUGCUGUUGUGGAUAAACUGAACUGUGAGAUUGAAGUUUACUAAUACCUUGGCAUGGCAGAAUUUGCACAUUAAUAAUUUUUAAACUGUGGAAAAUUAAGAGUGUUCUUCUAAGAACUGACAGGUUAUGAGAGUUAAAUCAGAUUCUGUUUACACCUUGUUACCUCAUGCUUGAAUCUUGAAUGUUUAAGUAGUUAACACUUCUUAAGCCCUUAUAC